AUGCUCAUAAAGAACACAGGUAAAGCGUUACAAAAGUUAACGUGUUUUCCGAGGGUUGAAAUUCAACAUUUCCUUAAAAUGCCUAUUAUAAUGGAGUUGUGUGAGGCCUUUGCCGAGUUACCUAAUAGUUCAGAAUGCCUGUUGCUGAAAAUAAGAAGCCGUAAACCAGUACAAAUCAGAUUUUCUUCAGAGGAGUCUUUAUUUCAAUGUUUUCAAAAGCUAAAAGUGCUACUGACGUCAGCUAUUUUUGUUCAUGAUACUCUGUGCUUAUCAGCGGAUUCGAAUCAGGAUAAUUCAUCUAAGAUUAUUCAGUCGCUUACAAAAUUGAGAGAUGAGAUGGAUAUUAUGUCGCUCAUAGUAUUUUUCAGUCUUGAUAAUGCCUCGUAUGAUCACACACCAACUUUUCAGAUUUCUCGUCAUUCUACUAGCGACUAUUAUCAUCACAUACCGAUAGAUUUCAUUUGCAGUUUAGAUCGAAGUGAACUAUUUCAUAGCGCACUUUGCGCUAGAUUAUCUUCCUUCUUUGAUCAUUAUCACCGUGCUUUAUUGUUUCUCUGGAGAGAGCUUAAGUUCCCUCCGAAAAUUAUACGUCUACCCCAAGGCAUUGAAGAACCACGUGAAGAAGUAUGGCGUAUGGCUAUUCACGAAAAAUAUGGUUUUCCAAAUAAUAUCCCUCUCUUUCGACGAGGUCAAGCUCUCCAUCCAGUUCCUAGAUUAGUUAAAUGGCUCGGUCCGUCUUCAGAAAUCCUUGUAUGUCCUCAUGAAGUCGUUAAACAUUCACCCAAAUUAGGUCCUACCUACAUUGUUACUGGUCGGUACACUUACAAGCAUUACCUCCAAGAUGGAGUAGAUGAUAAGAACUGGGGCUGCGCAUAUCGUGAAAUAACUCCAGGGCCACUACCUUCUCUCAGGGAUAUUCAAGAUUCUCUUGUUCGUUAUGGAGAUAAACCGAAAAGCUUUGUUGGUAGUUGCCAAUGGAUUGGUUCACUUGAGGUUAGUUACUGUUUACAAGAACUGUACAAUAUUCACUGUCGCCUUCUACAUAUCCCACAAGGAUCCCAAAUGUCUCAACUGGCAGCAUCCACUCUUGUACAACACUUCACUUCCGGUGGAGGUCCGGUUAUGGUUGGUGGUGGUCAACUGGCUCACACAAUUAUCGGUGUACAGUUGUGUGAAUCAGCCGCAAACAAAACUGAAUCGUCAUCACCUUGUCGGUACUUAAUCCUUGAUCCUCACUAUACUGGCCCAUUCGGAAACAUUAAGAUUAUUACAGAAAAAGGCUGGUGUGGCUGGAAACCUUCAAGCUUCUGGAAAUCUAAUGUGCAUUAUAACCUCUGCCUUUUACCAUCAAUAAAAAGAGGUUGUGUAUAA